UGCUGUUUCCUCAGCUACCCUUUGCUUCACUUCUCUAUCUAAGGCCAUGCCGUGGACAUUUUCUUCAUCCUUUACACACAAAUACUUCCAAUUUUGAGACUUCUUCAACUUUCAUUCACACCCUUUUCAUCAUUUUGUGUUUUUCCUUCAUGAGUGUUGUUCUGGCCUGAGAAAAGAAAAAACAUAAACUUUCAUCAUGGGGAACUCCUGCAGAAAACCAGUUGCUCACGUGUCUUCCACAAGUUUUUUUGGAAGUACAAAGUCUCAAAGCAACACAAAGCAGAAAUCAAAUUCUCCUGAACGAAAAGCUCAUUUGGAAACUUCAGCAUCAAAUGUUGACAAACCCAUCUCCAAUAACCUUAAGUCCUUCACCUUCUAUGAUCUAAAGGAGGCCACUAAGAACUUCAGGUAUGAAAAUUUAGUUGGAGAAGGAGGGUUUGGUUUUGUCUACAAAGGAUGGAUAGAUGAGAACACCUAUGCUCCCACAAGACCAGGAACUGGAAUUGUAGUAGCCAUUAAGAAACUUAAGCCAGAAAGCUUUCAAGGCCACAAGGAAUGGCUGGCGGAAGUCAAUUAUCUAGGCCAGCUUCACCAUGAAAAUCUGGUGAAACUUAUUGGUUACUGUUCAGAUGGUAAAAACAGGCUUCUAGUUUAUGAGUUUAUGCAGAAAGGAAGUUUGGAAAAUCAUUUAUUCAGAAAAGGUGUUCAACCUGUUCCCUGGAUUACACGGAUCAAUAUUGCUGUUUCUGUUGCAAGAGGAUUAACAUUUCUACAUUCUCUUGAUGCCAAUGUUAUCUAUCGCGAUUUAAAGGCUUCCAACAUCCUACUUGACUCGGAUUUCAAUGCAAAGCUAUCGGAUUUUGGCUUGGCAAGAGAUGGUCCUACCGGAGAUAACACUCAUGUUUCAACCAGAGUUAUUGGAACUCAUGGUUAUGCUGCACCAGAGUACGUAGCUACAGGUCAUUUGACACCAAGGAGUGAUGUAUACAGCUUUGGAGUUGUGUUGUUAGAGUUACUAACAGGAAGGCGUGUAGUUGAAGAAGAGAGACCUGGAUUUUCAGAAGAAACACUGGUGGAUUGGGCAAGGCCAUUCCUGAGUGAUAGCAGAAGAAUUUUGAGAAUCAUGGAUACAAGGUUGGGUGGUCAAUACUCCAAGAAAGGAGCACAAGCUGCUGCAGCACUUGUACUUCAAUGUCUGAAUACUGAUCCUAAAUAUAGACCAACCAUGGUAAAUGUUCUAGCUGCAUUGGAAACAUUAAAUUCCACAAAUUCAUUCCCAAGGACUCCAAAAUCUGGAACUGAGAAUCAUACAACAAAGCAUUCUAGUCAUUGCCAAAAGUCAGUUGGAAAUACUAAGUAACCAUGAGCUGUCUUUCUCUAUGUGGACUAAUGCUUAUGCAUUCCAACAAGGGCUCUGUUCUUCCAAUUUUGAGGCCAAGUGAAUGAUUUUCAUCUAAGCUUGGGGCAAAGUUUUCUGGGUAACUAUUGGAAAGAAUUACCAAGCUUGGGACAAAGUUUUCUAGGCAUUUAUAUGCAUAUAAUUUAUCCACGCAGAAUCACUUCAUUUUUUAAUGUUACAUAACUCUUGCUAGUAUUAUCCUUCCAAAACAUUUGUCAAAGUGAAUACCAUAUCUCGUAAAAAGAAUGAUUACUUAAG